UAUACCAAGUAUUUCGAGUCACUGAACUGGUUUGUUUGUGACAGUUUUGUAUUCUUACAGAAACUGAAGCAAGAGAAUGCAUUACUUUUCACCAAGCUGCGAUAUAGUUUUCCUUGGAAUUCUGUCGCUUGGAAUUUUAGCUCACCCUGAUGGAAACGGAAAUGUUGCACUGAAUAUACAGCAACGUGACCAAGAAGUAAAUACAAGCGAUGCGCCAACAGAGGCACCUGGUGGCGUAGGAGAUCCCUGUCUAAUGACGGAUGAUUGUGGUCCUGGUCUUUGCUGCCUCCACUUCAGCAACGGUACCACAUCUUGCCAGAAGCGUCCUGACGAAGAUGGCCAGACAUGCUCACCGACUGUGCUACUUACUCCUUUCGGUGACGAAGGCCCGUACCAGGAUGCUUGUCCUUGUGCCAAUGGUUACUAUUGCUACCUACCCGACGAAAACACCCUACAAGAACGUAAUGGUGCCCACACUGGCGAGGACGCUAGCGUAAAGCUUGGCCAGUGUAAAUUGAAUGGUACGACGACCCAGCCAACGCCAGAACAGAGCUAACGCAGCAGAAUUGUACCCAUGGUUUGCUUGCCGACAGCAUGCUUUGUGCAUGAUACACGUUGAAGAAAAAUGUAUUUUAAUAAAAUUUACCCGAAACAUUGGC